GAGUCGGAGGCGAAGCUCAAGGACGUGAACUUGGACGAUUGGCUCCCCAUCACCUCCUCGCGCACCGCCAAGUGGUACUAUUCCGCCUUCCACAACGUGACGGCAAUGGUCGGCGCCGGCGUGCUGGGCCUCCCGUUCGCCAUGUCGCACCUCGGCUGGGGCCCCGGCGUGGCGGUCAUCGCCAGCUCCUUCGGGAUCACGCUCUACACGCUGUGGCAGAUGGUGGAGAUGCACGAGAUGGUCCCGGGGAAGCGCUUCGACCGGUACCACGAGCUGGGGCAGCACGCCUUCGGGAAGAAGCUCGGGCUCUGGAUCGUCGUGCCGCAGCAGCUCGUCGUCGACGUCGGCACCGACAUCGUCUACAUGGUCACCGGCGGCCAGUCGCUCAAGAAGUUCCACGACCUCGUCUGCAACGGCCGGUGCGAGGACAUACGCCUCACCUUCUUCAUCAUGAUCUUCGGCUCCGUCCACUUUCUGCUCUCGCAGAUGCCCAACUUCAACUCCAUCUCCGGCGUCUCGGCCGCCGCCGCCGUCAUGUCCAUCUGCUACUCCAUGGUCGCCUUCUUCGCGUCCGUGCUACACAAACACCCUGCUGCAGUUGGAGCCGUCGACUACGGGCUCAAGGCGGCGACCACGGCAGGGCACGUGUUCGGCGCGCUCAACGCCCUCGGGGCGGUGGCGUUCGCGUUCGCCGGCCACAACGUGGUGCUCGAGAUCCAGGCCACCAUCCCGUCCACCCCGGAGCAGCCGUCGAAGAAGCCCAUGUGGCGUGGCGUGCUCGUCGCGUACGCCAUCGUCGCGCUCUGCUACUUCUCGGUCGCCUUCGGCGGGUACUACGCCUUCGGCAACUCGGUCGACCCCAACAUCCUCAUCACGCUCGACAAGCCGCGGUGGCUCAUCGCCCUCGCCAACCUCAUGGUGGUCGUCCACGUCAUCGGCAGCUACCAGGUGUUCGCCAUGCCCGUCUUCGACAUGAUGGAGACGGUGCUCGUCAAGAAGCUCAAGUUCGCCCCCGGCCUCCCGCUGCGGCUCACCGCCCGCUCCGCCUACGUCGCGCUCACGAUGCUCGUCGGCAUGACCUUCCCCUUCUUCGACGGCCUGCUUGGGUUUUUCGGAGGCUUCGCGUUCGCGCCCACCACCUACUUCCUGCCCUGCAUCAUCUGGCUCAUGCUACGCAAGCCCGCCAGAUACAGCGUGACAUGGUUCCUCAACUGGAUAUUCAUCGCCAUCGGAGUUGCGCUCAUGCUGUUGUCCCCGAUCGGCGGGUUGCGCCAAAUCAUCCUUGACGCCAAGACUUUCAAGUUCUACUCUUAA